ACUGUGUAAAUUGUCCGUUGAUUUUAUGCGUCAAUGGUAAGAUUUGCGCCGGCAAUCGGCGUUUUAUUGAUGCGCCACCUGGAAAUCUAGGUUAUUUCUACCUUUAAUUUACUUUGCCCACGUAAGUUGCAAAAAAGCCACCUAUUAAAAUAUUCUAAGAAAUAAGAAUAGGUUAAUCUACCUAGGUAUUCAGCUUAAGGUUUCGCAAAGUCCGAUACAUUAUAUUUAUUCAUCUCGUUUAUUUUCCCGAAGCAGACACCCAACGAUCUUUACUCGAUUCCACCGUACAUCCCGGACCCUGGUUCGGGUCUGGAUCAUGGCUAAAACUGUUUGUAUCGUUGGCGCUGGCCCUUCUGGUCUUGUAGCAGCGAAGACCUUACUACACGAUACGCCGGGAUGUUCAUUCAAGGUUACCAUCUUCGAAGCCCAGUCCCGAAUCGGUGGACUGUGGCCCAUAAGAAAGGAUGAUGAUGGCGGUCUUGUACAUCCGCUUAUGGUAACCAACCAAAGCAAACAUACCGUCCAAUUUAGCGACUUCGCAUGGCAGGACUCUGUUCCGCAAUUCCCCAGGGCAUGGCAAGUCGGCCAAUACCUAGAACGAUAUAUCAAUGAGUACAGCGGUGCUGAUAUACGGCUCGGACAUAAAGUUGUGAAAGUCGACUUACAAGAUGAUGGCUCGUGGAAUGUACAGACAGAGUCAAGUGAAGGAUCAGAGACGGCUACAUUCGACUACUUGCUCGUCACUACAGGAUUCUUUGGGAAGCCGAUAUGGCCGGAUCAUGUGCCGAAAGAGGCGGACGUACCCAUUAUCCAUAGCAGCGAGUACCGAGAUCUUAAGGGCCUCCUAGAAAGGUCAAGUAAUCCUAGUGGAAAGAUACUUGUCGUCGGUGGACAGAUGUCUGGAAUUGAGACCGCCGCAACUAUCGCGACACAUCUCUCAUCUGCUAUCCACUCACCCGGAAAGAAGAUAAUCGAACAACUCCUCCAAGAACCUCAGAGCUACUCUAUUCAUCACAUCACGAACCGACCCUCAUGGGUCUUCCCACUAUUCACAUCUCCAAAGCCGGCCGCGUCGGCGCCACCGUUUCUCCCAUGCGACUUACCCUCAUAUAAUCUAGCCAACCGGCCACACCCCCUAACAAAUAGUCAAGGUCAUAUAGGCCUCGAAGCGGCACAGACCUCGAACUCGAUCUACCAAUCUGUCUUGGGCACCGAUCAGUCUGAAUUCUCGCCGAAGACUAAGAUCGACGGCCAUUUAUUUAAUGAGCAACCAUUCGUAGCUAUGAGCUCAUACUAUAUGAACUUCGUACAAUCUAAAUUUAUACAAGUCACCAAAGGAAAACUGUCAUCUAUAAAAGGGGACGUUGCUAUAAUUUCUCCGGCGAACAGGAAACUCUCCGACAUUGCCGCCGUGGUUCUAGCGACGGGUUUCGACUCCUCUUUAUCGCUUUCCUUUCUUCCAUCAUCCGUCCUUCAGGCCAUUUCAUACUCCCCUGAGAACCCUAACCUACCCGUUGCGCUCGCCUUCCAUGGAACGCAUCACCCAUCGCUGCCCACUCUGGGCUUCGUAGGCCUGUACCGUUCGCCUUACUGGGGCGUCAUGGAGAUGCAGGCUCGAUUCGUCGCACGGUUAUGGGCAUCAAAUGACCCGCAAUCCCGAGCCCCAGCCCUCCGCCAGGCUCUUGCAGAAGACGACACUAUCGAGCGGACACUGGCCUUACGCACCGACUCGCGUGUAUCGCAGUUCCCGAUGGGAGAUUACUCCUUCCUGAUGCAAGAAUUCUCACGCGCUCUCGACAUCCCUAUUAGCCCUCCUGUAGGUAAUACGCCACCCCUUGCCACAGGUAAGUCCAUGGAUAUCUUGACGCCGGCACGAUACCCCUCUUUCUCCGCAGCUACCGCUCAGAACCCCCGGGCUGCUGAGCAGACAAAGGCAAAUCUACUAGCGACGCACGAGACGGCGCUAGCUGGGCUAUCACGCGGCCGCUUUGUCGCCGGCGCUAUAUUCCGCUCGUUGCUAGGCGAGUGGCGGCUCGAGCGUAAGAUUUCUUCACGGCUACCAUCGCAUCCAAGCGGGCGGUUUUCUGGCACAGCGCGUUUCCUACUACGAGAUGGAACCGAGGAUGGGCUAUCCCCGUCUCUCGUAUCCAAGGCAAAUUCGGAUUCGGGCACGGGUCUCGGACUUGAGUAUCUAUACAUCGAGGAUGGCGUAUUCACGGCGCGGGCCAAUCCUAUACUAACGUUCCGUGCGACGAGACGGUACAUAUGGCGAUAUGAUGAGGCGCGUGAUGUGUUGAGCGUGUGGUUUUCGCGGAUGGAUGACCAUGAACGCGCGGAUUACUUGUUCCAUGAGGUGGAGUUCCUGCUUCCGGUUGAUGAGGCGGACAUGAAAGUCCAAGGCGAGACUACGCCUAUGACUACAGGUGCCGCAGCGGAGGAUAAGGAGAAGGGGAAGAAGGGUUGGUUAGCAAAGGCGAGUCAUAUGUGCAUUGAUGACUUGUACGACGUGCACUACGAAUUCAACUUCAAAGCCGUGAACUUGAAGGAGUGGAAGCUGGGGUACACGGUGAAGGGUCCCAAUAAAGAUUAUACGAUUGAUGGGGUUUACAAGAGAUAGGAUGCCGGCCCUAGAUACGUAUAGCAUAAGUAUAUGGACCCUGGCAAGCGAGUUCGGUAUCAUGAUUAAUACAAGCAGUCGGAGUAUAGGAUAGUUAGGAUUAAGACCAAGGCCUCUUGUACUGACGGCUUAUGGAAGCGUCUGUUAUAGAUUCAUUC